CAGCACUUGGUCUUCAGUUCCCACUCCGACUUGGGUGCGCACAUGAACAGCUCCGCCUUGCUACGUGCAAAUUCUGGGCCCGUUUCCUCGUCUGUUUCUCAAAUUCGAGUCCGUUUCUUUACUUACUCGAAACUCGUGUAUUCCACGUCUCAUCUCGGAGAACCGCAAAAAUCUAGUUUUGAGAAUUGGAAACGAAUCUCUUUGCGUGGCAUGUCGCGUGUUCAGCAAGAUUUUUUCCGUAUUCGCGAGGCGAGCAAGGUAGAGCCCGAUGUAUUGAAAAGAGAGAAGCAGAAGAAACCGCACGUCGGUGUUGUGGGUGCUGGGGUUUCUGGUCUUCGGGCUGCGGACAUACUCCUCAAGCAUGGUGUCAAAGUAACCAUACUCGAAGGGAGAGAUCGCAUAGGCGGCAGAUUCUACCAGAGUGAUGCAUUGGGGCACCGAGUUGACCUUGGACCAAAUUGGAUCCAUGGCACAGAGAACAACCCAAUACUGGAACUAGCAAAAGAGACGAACACGGCGACGAUGUCUUGGGAUGGCCGUCAAGCGGUUUUUGACCGGCUUGGUAGACUGAUGCCCGAUGACGAAGCUACAGAAUAUACAGAGAUAGUCUGGGAAAUUGUCGAGCAAGCGAUGAAAUAUUCCAACGAAGAAUCGGAAACAAUAUCCCCGGACAUCAGCCUUUACCAUUAUUUUGAGGAGAAAGUUGAGAAGAUGGUGACGUCAAAGACUGGAAGUGAAGAGGAAGUGGCCGAGAAACGACAGAUCAUCUUGCAGAUGGCAGAAAUGUGGGGGGCUUAUGUUGGUAGUCCUAUACGGCAACAGAGCCUUAAAUUCUUUUGGAUGGAGGAUAGUCUCGACGGCGAGAAUCUCUUUGUUGCAGAGACAUACCAUAAAGUGUUAAAGAAGAUAGCAGAGCCGGCAAGUGAGAAUGCGGAGAUCAAGUUUGGACACAAGGUCAAGAAAAUCUCGUCACGCAAAACGCCCGAAGGGAUUAAGAUUACAGUGGAUAUAUGUGAUCAGGACAGCUUGACUUUUGACGAAGUCGUAAUAACAACGCCAUUAGGCUGGCUUAAAGCGAAUACAGAUGCGUUCGAGCCCGAUCUACCCAGUCGAUUACAACAGGCCAUAUCAUCAAUCGGCUACGGACACUUAGACAAGGUCUACAUAACAUUUCCGACAGCCUUCUGGCACGAAACAUCGGAUCACAUCACUACCACCAGCACAAAAACCCCGCCAGCCCAGCUACCAUCCACAACAGCACCUAUAAGUCAGCCCACACCCGCCACCACCACCCUAAAGUUUCCCGGGUUUGCACAUUGGACAAAGCCGACAUACGCAGCGUCAACCAAUCCUUCACUAUGGUCCCAAGAAUCCGUGAAUCUCGCGGCUCUUAAGUCACCUUUCGCCCACCCUACCCUCCUUUUCUACACGUACGGACCGACCUCCAAACAUAUCGCCUCUCUCCUGAAGUCUUCCGCGCCCUCAUCUUCACCGCCGACCGUUUCCUCGGGAGCAGCCACCACAGCCCUCCUCCUGCCGUUCUUCGCGCCCUACUUCUCUCGUCUGCCGAACUAUGAUGCAAAUAACCCUUCCCAUCAGCCGACUAACAUGCUGGCCACUGCUUGGGCAAACGACGAGUUGGCCGGGUACGGUAGUUACUCCAAUUUCCAGGUCGGGCUGGAGAGGGGCGGGGAGGAUAUCGAGGUUAUGCGGAGAGGGGUGCCUGAGCGUGGUAUCUGGAUUUCAGGAGAGCAUACUGCUCCCUGGGCUGCGCUGGGAACUGUGAAUGGGGCGUAUAUUUCGGGAGAAGAGGUUGGGUGGAGAAUUGUUAGGGCGUACGGGUUGGGUGGCGGAGAAUAG